AUGGCUCCCGCGCCGCGGAUCUCGGGCCUGCGGCAGGCCGGGAACGAGCAGUUCCGCAACGGGCAGUACGGGCAGGCGGCCGCGCUUUACGGCCGCGCUCUGGAGCUGCUGGACACGACAGGAGAUACAAGUGUUGAAGAGAAGAGUGUUCUUUAUUCCAACCGUGCUGCCUGUUACUUGAAGGAUGGGAACUGCAGUCUCUGCAUUAAGGACUGUUCUGUUGCCUUGGAUCUGGUCCCUUUUGGAAUCAAACCCCUGCUGAGGCGGGCAUCAGCCUAUGAAGCUCUGGAGAGAUACCAGUUAGCCUAUGUGGACUACAAAACUGUAUUACAAGUUGAUUGUACUGUACAGGCUGCACAUGAUGGUGUCAACAGAAUGACCAAGGUCUUAUUGGAAAAGGAUGGUCUCCAGUGGCGCCAGAAGCUGCCACCCAUACCAGCUGUCCCUGUUUCUGCUCAGAAAAGAUGGGAGCCUCCUCUAAGAAGCCAUGAAGCUGCUGCAAGAAGCAAAUCUAACAAUCCUGUACCUGUCACAAAGCAAGUCCCUACAGCUGCUGCCACUGAACAAGCAAAUAAGCUGAAGCUAGAAGGAAAUGAAUUUGUGAAAAGGGGCAACUAUAAGAAAGCUAUUGAAAAGUACACCGAGAGCUUAAAACUUCACAAGCUGGAAAGUACCACUUACACUAACAGAGCUCUUUGCUACUUGAAUCUGAAGCAGUGCAAGGAAGCAAUUCAGGAUUGUUCAGAAGCCCUUAAAUUAGAUGCAAAAAAUGUCAAGGCGUUUUACAGACGAGCACAAGCAUAUAAAGAGCUCAAGGACUACAAAUCCAGUGCGACAGAUAUCAACACUCUCUUGAAAAUUGAACCAAAGAACACCGCUGCUCAGAAACUACAGCAAGAAUUAAGCAAGCUCUUAAAAUAA